GUCUGUGAAAAUUUUCAACUUCGACCUGCUGCUGGAUGGGGAAAGGGGCGGGUGGCAAAAAGAGGAAGAGAGCGAGCUACGAGAGAGAGGAAGAAAAAUCAAUAAAAUUGUCGUGCAAGCGCGAUUGAAUCGAGCAAAACAAAGACCGACUACGAAAGAGUGGGCCAAACGGAACCCGAAAAGCAACAACAAAGCAGCCGGGCCGUUAGCUGCCCCAAAUGCGUUGGUCGAAAAUGACUGAAACGCCAGAGAAACACUCCAAACGGGAGCCAAGUUGAAGUAAACAAACAAGUGCGCAAUAAGUAAACGUCGAACAGCUGGCUCCCCCGCAAAUAUUUGCUGACAAUGUUGCUGAAUCCCCAGUAGCAAACACUCGCACACGGCGGCAAUGUUCGCACGUUCAUUCACUCCCAAAAAACUGAUCACACCUCUAAUAAAUCAACACAAAGAUGAACGUAAUGCGAAAGCUGCGCGGAGCGGCUGGCGCAGGCAGCGUCAGUGGCAGCAGCGGCAGCUCCUCCACGGCCAACAGUUCUCCCGGCGGCAACAGGUCCGCCCCGGAUCUCGGCGCCACUCCCGCCGCAAACGGCCGAUCGGGGGAGGAGGCCCUGAUGGACGCUCGCGUCCUGGUGAGCCUUAGCACGCUUAAGAAGCUCUUCAACGACUACACCCACCCGAGGGAACCGCUAAGCGAGCAGGAGCGCGACGGCAAGCUCUACGAGAUGCUGCCCCUCUUCUGCAAGGUCUUCAGCAGCUGCCCGGCAAACGACAUGAGCGAAAAGUUCUGGGACGUGGUCGCCUUUUGCCAGCAAGUGUCCCGUCUGAUGGUCAGUGAAAUCCGCAAGCGAGCCUCCAACCAGAGCACGGAAGCGGCGUCCAUUGCCAUCGUGAAGUUUCUUGAGGUGGAGACCACGGAGGAAACCAGUAGCGGCUGGAUGCUGCUGGCAACCCUCAAUCUGCUGGCCAAUGGAGACGUUUCUCUUAUACAGGUGAUGACUGCCGCAGCGGUUCCCUCGACUCUUGUGAAGUGCUUGUAUCUGUUCUUCGACCUGCCAGUGGUUGAGGACGAUGAGCCAGCUGCAGAAGGAGGGGCAGCAAGUGAGUUUAACGCCCACGAAAGGCGCACCCUCCUGCAGAAGGUGUUCGUGCAGCUGCUGGUGAAGCUCUGCUCGUACCCCUAUCCCGCCGAGGAGCUGGCCCGCAUGGACGACUUGACGCUACUGUUCUCGGCCAUCACGUCGCCAUGUCCCAUCCACAACAUUGUGUGGCGCAAGAAUGCGGCUGAGAUCCUGACGACAAUAUCAAGGAACGGCCUGACUGACGCCGUCGUUAGCUACAUACAUUCCAAGGGCUGCAUGGCACUGUGCGUGGACAAUAUGCAACGCCUGACAUUUGGAAACCCGCUGGAAAUCGUGGAGAUGUUUGUCACCGUGUUCUGCUUCCUCAAGGACUCUAGCCAGGUGUCGCAGAUACUAAUGGAUGAUUUUCGAGCCUCCCAGGGUUACGUGUUCCUCAGCGAUUUUCUGCUUAAAUUUGACAACAACCGUAGCCAGUCGCUGGAGAUCCAAGCCGCUAUUAGGAACCUUGUGCUGAUGAUUUCCUCGUUGUGCAUGUGUGGUUUCUACGAGCUCCGACCGCCAGCGUCCCAGUUCAACACGGCCUUCAAGCUGCAGAACUUCCAGCUCCCACAGGCCACCUCUCGAGAGACGUGCGUGCGAAACGUGUACGCCUUCCAGGUGCUGCAGAAUGUGUUUCUCAAGUCAACAACGCCUGCCCUCUGCUGCACCAUCCUGGACGCUAUUUCGCGGGUGUACCACUCGGAGAACGCCAACUACUUCAUACUGGAGUCGGAGCACACGCUUAGUACGUUCGCGGAGCGCAUCCACCAGAAGAGCCCGCAGAUCCAGGAAAAGUUCUACGACCUGCUGGAAUUCAUCGUCUUUCAGCUGAACUUCGUACCGUGCAAGGAGCUGAUCAGCCUGUCGCUCCUGCUCAAGCACAACCAGUCGACGCCCUGCAGCAUUCUGUGCCUGAAGACACUGCUGAACAUUCUGCGGCACAACGCCGUCUUCAAGGACGUCUACCGCGAAGUGGGUAUUCUGGAGAUCUUCGUCGGCUGUUUAACGCGCUACGCAGCCCAUGUGCUGCAGAUCACCAAGGGCGACGAGUCGGAGGUGGUGCAGCUGGAGAGCGACUCGGAGGAAGGUCUGCUGGACUCGCUCGGCAAAUAUGUGCUGGAGGCUCUCACCAUGCUGCUGGGCGGGGGGGCCAGUAACAAUGCCCAACUCUUUCGGGAGUACAGCGGCGCCAAGUGCGUCCAUGAGCUGGUGAAGUUCAAGCACUGCAGGCCACAGGCUCUCGGAAUCGUCAGGGAGCUGAUUCUGUCCGUCGGCGGAGACGACGACAUGCUGCACAUCCUCUCACUGAUGCACAGCGUCAGCCCGCUGCAGGUGGAGUUCAAGAUCCAGAUACUAAACAUGCUGCUCGGAUGCCUGAAGGACUCUCACCGCACGCGAACCGUCUUCCGCAAAGUGGGCGGCUUCGUUUACGUCACCAGCGUAUUCGUGUCCUUGGACGGCAGUAUGGCCCAGCCUCAACCGGACAUUCCGCAACAGGAUCUCAUUCUGCUACUGCAAAUAGUCUUCCAAACCCUGGCCACCGCCAUGAGGUUUGAGCCGGCCAACGCCAAGUUCUUUCACCAGGAGAUCAGCAGCAGCUCGUUGUGCGACACUCUUCGUCUGCUGGGAUGCUUUGGAGGCUCCUCCGCCUUGCAGGACUUUGCGGGUGACUACGAGCCGCAGCAGUCGUUACUCAAGUAUUACCAUGAGAUCUUCAGCGGGGACAUUCUAAGCGUCAGUUUCUCCGAAGACGUUCCAUACCCACUAUCCUACGUGUGCGUCGUAUUUCGGCUGCUCUACAGCAUUGCGCUGGACAAUUUCGAGGCGCCCAGCCUGAGCGGCAUCAUCACGCUCGUCAACGACCCACCAGCACUUCUGCGAUCGCCGAGCAAAGAGCUGGCAGUGCCGGCUCACCCCAGCCAGCUGAACCUCACGCAGCCCAGUCCCGAGCCGCGGAUAGUGCACCCGGGAGUGGUGCUGUGCAUGCUCCAGCUCCUGCCCGCCGUAGAGUACGAUUCGGCCCCCCUGGCGGCGGUGCAGCUGCAGGUGUACCUCAGCGAAGUCAUCAAGUCCCUGGUGCGCAGCGAGCGCAACCAGCAGAUCAUGUGCGACCACGGACUGGCGGAGAAGCUGCUCAAGCUGACCAGGAGGGCACUGGCGGAGGAGGCCCAUCCGCUGCACGUGCCCAUGCAGUACAUCCUGGAGCGUCUGGCCGCCCAGGCGCUGCAGCCCACCGAGCUGCGCCAGUUCCUGCGCUUGGGCGAGCCGCUCUCGUGUGCGGACAUAGACCUCCAGCAGCCGUACAGGCUGGGCGGACCCGUUCCGCUGACCCGGAUCAAGACUCUGGUGUCCAUGACCACGCCGCGCGACUUCCGCGCCCACGGAUCGAGCACGCUGCCGCCCUUCGUCGAGCUGGACAUGUCGGCCGAGGGCUUCGGCUGCCUGUACCUGCCCUCACUGGCGCCCCAGGCGACGGCCACCGCCGGCGGCACCAUCGACGCAAACACCAUCGGAGGCAUCGGGGCCGGCGAUCGCAUCUUUCCGCCCCAGACUGGCCUCACGUACUCCACGUGGUUCUGUGUGGAAAAGUUCUCAGAUCCGAAGACGGACCCGCACUGCGUACGGCUUCUCACCUUGGUUAGGACCAUUCACAAUCCACGCGAGGAAAACCUGGCGUGCUUAUCCAUUCUGCUUUCGGCGCGGGACAAGGCGAUCGUUGUGUCCACCCAGGAGACUCUGGUUACACCCAGAAAAAGUAUUGGUGACUGGGAACCCGAAGGAUCGGAUGACGGCAUCGCACGCAUAUGGUGCCCAGAUCUUCUGCACGAGGGCCAGUGGCACAACCUGGUCGUUGUGCUCAACCGAGCGGUGUUGAAAAACUCCAGUCUGAUGCUGUACUUGGACGGGGUGCCCAUGCACACCCAGAAGCUCCACUACAUUGCCCAGCAUCCGGCAGCGGGGAAUGCCAGUCUGACGUCGGCCACGCAGAUCUUCGGAUACAUCGGUACGCCGCCGAUAUGGCGGCGCUACUCCCGCCUGUGCUGGAAGCAAGGCGUCUGCCACCUGAUCGAGGAUGUUCUCGCCCAGCAGACGGUUCAGACCAUCUACCAGCUGGGACCCCACUACAUGGGCUCGCUGCAAGCGCCGCAGGUGGGAAAGCAGUCCGAGUCGUUGGCGCCGCUGGUGCCCGAGGAUCGCGUCCUGCUGGGUCUCAACGCGAAGGCGGUGUCCAAGCUGACGCUGGUCAAAAUCCGCAAGGUGUACAGCCGGGCGGACAACAAGAGCAUUGCCAAGCAGCUGAAUAUGAACUCGCACGAGAAUGCCACGCCCAUCAAAAUACUGCACAACUCUGCUGGGCACCUGGCUGGAGCAGGUCGCUCCCUCGGCGGCGUGGUUGUUGGCUAUUUGGGAGUACGCGUGUUCAGUCCGCACCCCGUCUCGGCCAUGAUCGACACUGUGGGCGGCUGCAACGUGCUGCUCGGCAUCAUCGCGAUGGCCCAAGACGUGGAGUCCUUGUACGCAGGCGUCAAGGCGCUGACCUGCGUGGUGAGGAGCAACCGGGCCGCCCAGGCAGAGAUGGACAGGAAACGCUGCUACCAGACCCUGGGAAUGUUCUUUAAGAAGAAAAGGCAUCUGCUGAACUCGCACAUCCUGCACCUGACCUUCGGUCUGGUCGGCACGGUGAACAGCGGCCAGGACAUGUCGGCCAUUCCGAACGUCACGGCUUUCCAGGACCUGUUGUGUGACCUGGAGAUCUGGCACAACGCGCCGAACGGACUGCUGCGCUCCCUGCUGGAGCAUCUGCUGGAGCUGGUGGUGGAGUCCAGCGACAAGAAGCAGAACGUGAAGAUUAUGCGGGACCUGCAGCUGCUGGUCAAACUGCUGCACAUCAUAACCCAGAUCCAAGACCAUUCCACGCGGGAGAUCCUAUUCAGUCUGCUGGAAACUCUGCUGGGCGGGCAGCCGAGGCACACCGACCUGCUGCUCUUCGGUCAGUAUGUGGCGGCCAAGCUGCCGCUGGCUCACAACGGAGGCGCCGUGGAACGCGCCGUGCUCCUGCCCAGCAUGAAGAAUCCUGGCGAGGACCAGGAUGGGGGCGUGGCCCAGAACAUAUACCUGCGCAAUCGCUGCCUCUCGCUGCUCCACGGGCUCCUCUUCACGCCCCGCAACACCGUGAACUAUGUCAUCUGCGACGACAUUUCCAAGACCCUGGGCAUGGACUGGCUGCUCCUCUUCAUGCAGCCGCACGUCCACUUCACCACUGUCAUCAUUGCAGUGCGCGUCCUGGUCGUGGUCUGCGCCAACGAAAGCUUUCUGGUGCGCUUCCGGGACGCCACCCACAACGGCGGCUACCUUCGCUUCACGGAGAUGGUCUCCCAGCGCAAGAUGAUGGGCCUCGGUGCCCAGCAGCUCAACCAGCGUCCGACGAACGGCACUGGCACAGUGAUUGUAGCCACCCCGCAGAACACCAUACAGCAUCUCCCCACGCAGAUUGCAGGCGAGGUGCGAACAGCGGCAUUGAAUAUACCAGGUUUCCAGCUCCUUGAAUGGCUGAUGAACCAUCACCUAGACGUUCCGGAGUUGUACUUCCUGAUAACCGCCCUGAUCAUGGGACAGCCUGUGAAGGUGCUGGCCACCGAGCACACCAAGUUCGACCUCGACCGCGUCUGGUCGUUCCUCUGGGGUGCUCCCGUCUCCGCCAACACGCAGCUGCCGAAGCUCAGCAUUUGUCCCGAGGGCGUCUGCGUGCUCCUGUCCAUGGUGCGGGGGAUCGUUCAUGGCGGCGAAUGCGCCUCCUGGCUGCACAGCCACCCGGAGACAAUCAUCCAGCUGCUCUUCAGUCUGUACCAAAACCUCAGCGACUUUGCGCCGGUAAUGAUGGCCGGCGAUGUGGUCACCUCGCUGGUGGCCGUUCUGUUCCCGCUGACGUCUCGCCCGGCGGACUCCGAGCCGAACAGUGGAGCCUCCACGCCCACGGACAACACAGGCAGCAGUUUUGCCUUGCCAUUGCCGGAAAGCCUCCACGCAGCAACGCAGCCCAAGCUGACCGCUCAUCCCGUGUGCAGCUGCAUCAUCGACUUCCUGCGCGUCAUAGUCGUGGACUCUCUGGGCCUGAACAUGCAGGGCAAGCCGACGCCGGUGAUCGACCUCGUGCUGGACGCUGCCCCCGACUCGGCGGAACUUCCGCUGCAGGUGCAGUACCAGACACAGAUUAUCAUCGCCCUGAUGGACCACCUGCUAGCCGCCGACGUGCUUGUGGGCGAGCAGGCGGCCCUGCCACUGGUGCCGCUCCUGCAGAGCCAGAUGCAGCACAUCGCCCCGAACGUCUUCUACCUAACGGCCCGCAUCGUGGACAAGCUGUGGCAGGGCUGCCUCGCCCGCAAUCCGCACGACAUCUUCGACUUCGUGAUCAAGCUGAUCGUGCAGGCCAAGCGGCGGUCAUCCUCGCUGUCGCUGGAGCACCUGCACCACUCGCUGAACCGCAGCAUCCUCUUCCUGCUCUCCCGCCCCACCGACGACUCGCGGGCCGACCAGAUGAGUGUGCUGGAGGCGCUGCACAAGAUCAUUCAGCACCGCCUGCUGAUCUUCGGCGCGGGCAACCACGAGCUGGAGUUCAUCGGGUGCCUCACCUACUGCCUGCUGCAGCUGACCGCCGACAUGAAGAUCAUCUUGGAGCCGGCCACCAGCCGAAACACCACCUGGCACGUGAAUCCGCAGACGGAAACGGCAGAGCCCAAGGACGAAGACCUCAACCAGUUGCAGGGCAGGAACCUGAUCGUCGGCGCUGCCUUUCGCGUUUGGGAGGAGCUGUACGUCUGCAAGAAGCCCGCCAUCGAGGAGGUGUUCAAGGUCUCCCUCACAUCCCCACCGCCCAGCUCCAAGGCGCCCGAUCUGCAGACCACGCGCGAACAAGUCAUGGAGCUGGCCUCCAAACUGUGGUUCAACUACGUGGAGGCGGAGCGCAAGGCCUCCUACCGCGCGCCCUGGGAGCUGCACACCCAGAUCCAGUCGAAGAUCCAGAAGGUGACCGGAGGACUGUCGCGCCUGACCAGCCGCACGAAGGCCAAAAAGGAGGAGCUGGUGCGCACCAGGUCGACCCUAAGUCGCGAGGCCGCCUACGAGUCCACGGGCAUCCAUGUGCAGCUCGUGAAGGACCUCCUGGACCUGCGCGCCAAGCAGUACCAGCAGAUGCUGCAGCACACCCAGCGCUACGUCUACCAGGACUGGGUGCAGUCGGAGACGGAGCUCACCCGCGAGCGGGGACUGUGGGGUCCGACCGGCAGCUGCUCGCUGGACAAAUGGAUCCUGGACACCACCGAGGGACCCCACCGCAUGCGCAAGAAGACGAUGCGCAACGACCUCUUCUACCUGCACUAUCCGUACCGACCCGAGCUGGAGAUCGCCGACAACCGUCAGCUGAAGUACAAGGUGGCCUCCAGCCUGGACAGCAAGACCUACGCGCUGCAUGGUCCGCAGCAGCCCCGCAUCCUGGCCGAGGCGGCGGAGCAGCAUGCGAUGCAGCAGCAGAGCUCGCUGGAGGCGGUGCACUCGCAUCGUUUGGAGGCCAGCAGUUCCACAUCCACGCCUCCGCCGCUUGCUUUGCCGAAGCUAGUGGGCCACGGGUCAACACCCUGUCCCCAGGAGUCGGUGGACGGCAAUGCCCCAGAGGACGACGAGGAGGAGGAGGACACCUCGAUGACCAGCGACAACGAGACCUUCUUGCGCCUGCUCGAGGAGCAGGAGAAGAUCAGCUUUAUGUUCCGGUGUGCCAGGGUACAGGGACUGGACACCUUCGAGGGGCUCUUACUGUUCGGCAAGGAGCACUGCUACAUUGUGGACGGGUUCACGUUGUUGAAGAACCGCGAGAUCCGCGACAUCGACACCCUGCCACCGGGGGCCUAUGAGCCGAUCAUUCCCAACUCCGGGGGAACCUCGUCGACCACUUCGCGGGCCGUGAGCCACAAGCUGAGGCAGUGCUCCAAGUUCGCCUACGAGGAGAUCCGCGAGGUGCACAAGCGUCGCUACUUGCUGCAGCCCAUCGCACUGGAGGUGUUCUCCGAGGACGGACGCAACUACCUGCUGAGCUUCCCGCGCAAGGUGCGCAACAAGGUCAACCAGCGGUUUCUGGCCCUGGCCACUGCGCUGAACGACAACGCGCAGCAGUCCGUGGCGGGUCAGAAGCGGACGGCCAGUGUCGAGCAGACGGCGGGCAUCUUCAGCGGCCUGAUCGGCGAGACGUCGGUGACGCAGCGCUGGGUGCGCGGCGAGAUCUCCAACUUCCAGUACCUCAUGCACCUGAACACGCUGGCCGGGCGCAGCUACAACGACCUGAUGCAGUACCCCGUCUUCCCCUGGAUCCUGGCCGACUACGACUCCGAGGAGCUGGACCUGACCAACCCCAAGACCUUCCGCGACUUCUCGCGGCCCAUGGGCGCCCAGGCCGAGGAGCGACUGGAGCAGUUCCAGAAGCGCUUCAAGGAGUGGGACGAUCCGCACGGCGAGACGCCGCCGUACCACUACGGCACCCACUACAGCUCCGCGAUGAUCGUUUGCUCGUACCUGGUGCGGCUGGAGCCCUUCUCGCAGCCGUUCCUCAAGCUGCAGGGCGGCCACUUUGACCUGGCGGACCGCAUGUUCCACAGCAUCAAGGAGGCCUGGCUGUCGGCCUCUAAGCUGAACAUGGCCGACGUCAAGGAGCUCAUCCCGGAGUUCUUCUACCUGCCCGAGUUCCUCAGCAACUUCAACAGCUUUGACCUGGGCACCAAGCAGAACGGGGAGACCCUCAACCACGUUAUCCUGCCGCCGUGGGCGAAGCACGAUCCUAGAGAGUUCAUCCGGCUGCACAGGAGCGCUCUGGAGUGUGACUAUGUCAGCCAGCAUUUGCAUUUGUGGAUUGACUUGAUCUUUGGCUGCAAGCAACAGGGACCAGCCGCAGUUGAGACCGUCAAUGUGUUUCACCAUCUUUUCUAUGAAGGCAAUGUGGACAUAUACAACAUUGAUGAUCCACUUAAGAAGAAUGCCACCAUUGGCUUCAUCAACAACUUUGGCCAGAUUCCCAAGCAGCUGUUCAAAAAGGCGCAUCCUGCCAAGAAGAUGGGCAGCUCUCGUCACUCGGCGCUGAUCGACCCCACUUCGCUGAUCCAGGGCAACAGCACAGUGCUGCAGACCGACCGGCUGUUCUUCCACAACCUGGACAACCUGAAGCCCAGCCUGCAGCCCAUCAAGGAGCUGAAGGGUCCUGUGGGCCAAAUCCUUCAGCCCGACAAAACGGUGUUUGCCGUGGAACAGAACAAGGUGAUGAUGCCGCCCUCCUACACGAAGUACAUAGCCUGGGGCUUUGCCGACCACUCCCUUCGCGUGGGACUCUACGACACGGACCGUGCGUCCUUCGUGUCCGAGGCUUCGGCCCAGAACUCGGGAGAGAUCCUGACCUGCGCCUGCCCCAACGCCAAGAUGAUCGUCACGGCCGGCACCAGUUCGGUGGUGACCAUCUGGAAGUUCGACGCGAACCGAAAGAGCCUCACCGUCAAGCACUCGUUGCACGGCCACACCGAUGCCGUGACCUGUCUGGCAGCCAGCGCUGCGUACAAUGUGAUCGUGUCCGGGUCGCGGGACGGCACUGCCAUCGUCUGGGACAUGACGCGGUUCACCUUCGUGCGCCAGCUGCGCGGACAUGCCGGUGUGGUGGCUGCCGUGGCCAUCAACGAGCUGACCGGCGACAUUGCCACCUGCUCGGCCACGUGGCUCCACGUGUGGUCCAUCAAUGGCGAUGCCCUGGCCAUGGUAAACACAUGUGUGGGCAGUGCGGACCGCAUGCAGCAAAUCCUGUGCGUGGCUUUCUCGCAGAUCCGCGAGUGGGACCAGCAGAAUGUGGUCAUUACUGGCUCAACCGACGGUGUGGUGAGGAUGUGGUCCUUGGAGCACACACAGGUGCCCAUUGAUCGCAAGUUGAAGCGAGGCAUGGAGGUGUCUUCACAGGACAAGCCCGACACCGCGUCUUUGGAGGGCGAGGACCACAAGGAAGACAAAAUGAACCUGAUUAAGCAAAUGAAAAGCCUUUCCCAGUCGGAGGAAGAAUUGGAGAUUGUCAAAUCCGCUUCGGAAAGUAGCAUUUCAGAGGCUUCACAGCACAGCCAUGAAUCAGGUGCCAGAGCGGAGCUGCAAGAAGAGCUCAGGAAAAGCUCAAUUUCGGGAGCGAAGUCCCUGCAUGAAAUGAAAUCAGCUACUGUAGAAGUGAAGGAAAGCAGCUCUGAUCUUAAAUCCAAUGACGAUGAACAUUCUAUAAGGCCGAGCAAAUCAGAUACAAGUUUGACUGACGGAUUCGUUGUAAUAGACCACGAUAGGCAGAGGGGCGAUCAGGUUCUGAGAAAAGGCUUCAGAUGGCAACGUCAAUUAAUGUUCCGCUCAAAGCUGACCAUGCAUACAGCAUAUGAUCGCAAGGAUAAUGCCGAACCAGCUAGCAUAACAGCGUUAACGGUAUCCAAAGAUCACAAAAUUCUAUAUGUCGGUGAUGCGCGCGGUCGCAUAUUUUCGUGGAGCGUUACAGAGCAACCAGGUCGUGGAGUGGCCGAUCAUUGGCUGAAAGAUGAAGGCGCCGAUCAGUGUGUCAAAUGUCAUGUCAAGUUUACACUUUAUGAGAGGAAACACCAUUGUCGCAAUUGUGGUCAAGUUUUCUGCAACAAGUGCAGUCGGUUCGAGUCGGAAAUAUCACGCCUUCGAAUACUAAAGCCAGUUAGGGUGUGCCAAGCGUGUUACAGUCAACUGCGAUCGAAUUCGGUGGACAAUUAGAUAAAUCUGAUGGAGUGUCGAAUACCCAUUCGAAAGCUGAUCAUAUAACUGUUUUUAUUUGUAACUGUGGAACGUAGUUAGGUUUAAAACAUUUAUUUAGUUUUUCGAUCCAAUAAUUAUUCAAACAAGUUAAGCUAAUUUCAACCAAAGGCUGUUAUAUGAUUUUAUACUUUAUUUAGUAUAGUUUAACUCGAAUUUUUUAUGUACACCGACAAAGUUUGCAAUAUAAUUUAUAUAUUUAUUUAAAACUAUUUAUUAAACACCAAGCUAUAAAUAAUAAAUUUUGAUUAUGCAUCGGAA